UGCUAAUUGAACUGAAAAUACUGAAGUUUAUAAGUAUAUACAUUUUCAAGAAAGAAAAAAAAACGUAUUCUAGGAAAAAGAAAGAGUAAAGUUAUGUAUCAAAUAAAAAUUAUGUUAUUUUAAGUUAUCGAUCACUUUAUAACUAUAAUUGUAACAACGUAAAACAAAAGAAGCAAAUUACAAUAGCAAAAAAAUUGCCUUUAUAAAACAACCGGAAAACCAUCACAUUCAUUUAACUAUCACUACACCGCAGCAGAGUAGAUACACAGGAACGUUGUAUUCAAAAUGAAAAUAUUUGAUAUUGUUUUGCUUUUUCUUUUAUCAUUUGAUAAUACCUAUUGUAUAUCCACUACUGAUUUUUAUUCUUUUGGUUCCGAAAAUGGCGAUACAAAUGCUCCAACAAACGACGAUGGAUCAACAGCUCCAAUACCAGUUAGCAGUCUAUUUCCAUUUUUCAAUCACCAGCACGAUUCUCUUAUUGUUAAUACUAAUGGAGUAAUUUCCUUUCUUGGAACAAUGAGUUCUUACACACCAACUCCAUUUCCUUUAGGCAGUAGCAGAAGAUUGGUAGCGCCAUAUUGGGCUGACAUGGAUACAAGAAAUGGAGGUGACAUAUGGUACCGGGAAACAACAAAUUCUACGUUAUUACAAAAAGCAUCUGUAGAAAUACAAACGAUAUUUCCACGACAAUAUAAUUUUAAAGCAUCAUGGAUGUUCAUCGGUACAUGGAAAGAAGUAGCAUUUUUUGGUGCCGACUCUAAUGGUAAACAGAAGAGAAAUACAUUCCAAUGUGUAUUGAUCACAAAUGGCAGACAUUCAUUCGUUAUGUUUCUAUAUGAUAAGAUUGAAUGGACAACAGGCACGGCUAGUGGUGGGAGCAGUUCAACUGGGCUUGGAGGUACACCGGCACAGGUAGGGUUUGAUGCAGGGGAUGGUAUCAACUACUUUGCAGUAAAUGCUUCUAGAACAGCAGAUAUCAUUAACAUACCACGCAUGUCCAACGUAGAUAUCCCAGGAAAAUAUAUAUUCCGUGUGGAUUCUACGACAAUAGAGCAAGGAGGAUGCAAUGUUAAUGGUACUUUAACAAUAACUCCUCGAGAAGCUUUAAUGUUUGGUGGAACGAGACUAAUUGUUUCUGGACCUUGCUUCAACCUGGCCAAAAAUAUCAAAUUUUAUAUGUCAGAUAACACUGAAGUUUCCUGUCAUUUGUUGACUGAUAUCAGUAUUUCUUGCAUUUCGCCUAUGGUAUACAGAAGUGGAAAAUAUAGAGUUUCAUUGCAUGUACAGCAGUUCUCUCAGACAGUUACCAAAUUCCCAGGAACAUUGACGAUAGUUAAUCCUGCUAUAGCAAGACAAGUUCUGAAAAGGGAACCUAAGCUAUGGAAGUACAAUAGUCUAGUUAGUGUCUAUUGGAACCCAACAGUUUUAAAUUUCCCGAGCGACGAAGUAAUCAGUCUACAUCUGUAUACUAUAACGAAAGAAAACCUAAUAUAUCCUGUAUUGACCUACCAUUCCAAGAUAUCAGCAUUGAACUCUACAGUGUUUGCAAAUGGGAGGCAUACUUUCAAUCUACAGUUUUCAAACGACGCAGGAAUAAUCAAAAUGUCAACAAACAAUCCAAAAAGUCCAUACUAUUGGUCAGACAUGUUUACUGUUAAUGUAAACCGUCAGCAAAGUCAGACAAGUUGUUAUGAAUGGUGGAGCAAGGACUUAAACCAACAAACAAUUAACAGUAAAGACGUCAACCCAUGUCCUUGUACACUUGAUGUAGCUAACAUAGAUUCAGCAAGGUUUAGUGUCGAUCCACAGUGUUAUAAGAUAGAGGGAUCUGAAUUUUUUUGUCAGUUUCAAACACAUGCUAAAGUUUGUUAUCGUCUGAAUAUACCAUCCAGGUCAUAUGGAUAUGACCAUCAGUGUUGUUAUGAUAAGACCGGUGUGUUGAUGAAUCCAAAUGGAGAUUCGACGGAUGGUAGUGGAUAUGUCAACAGAUAUCACUUUCAAGGGAGCAACGACGCAAAUGUUCCUUUUCUUUCUAAUUUUGUUUAUGACGUUGUACCAUACAUGCAUUGUUGUAUGUUCCCUUUUCAAGAUUUCGAGCCUGACGAAAUGGAUAUAGCACGAAAGCAAUGCUCAUUAUUUUUUAACAGGAGACCACCGAAUUCAUGCAUGAAUUACAUUCCGCCAAGACCAGCUAGAGUAACCGGUGAUCCCCAUUUUGUAACAUUCGACGGACAAGCAUAUACAUUUAAUCCAGUUGGUGAAUUUUCAGCACUUUCAAAUGGAAAUUUUUCCUUGCAGCUGCGAAUGGAACAGUAUUCCAAUGCUCGAGCCAGUUCUGUAACUUCAUUUGUGGCGCAACCUUAUCCAACAGCUGAUGUUAUUGAGGUACAACCGAACACCAUUCGUGGAAUUGAUGUUUUGGUAAAUGGAGAAUUGGUUGAUUUUAAUUCUUCGGAAAGUAUGUCUGCUUCGGUCAUAUCUGCAGAGGGAUCAACAAUAGUCAAAACAUCGGACAGUCCACCGACGAUUAUAGCUACCUUUUACACAGAAGACAUCUCUAUUAAGGCAUCCAGUGCAAUGAACCUUCUUAAUUUAGUAAUAAUGACAUCCCCAGACCGACACACAGGAAAUCUAUCUGGUCUCUUUGGAGAUAACGACGGAGACGCAGGAAAUGAUUUGCAUUCCAAGGACAAUGAGUUAACACAAGGAAACGCUUCAAUGGUCGCAAUUCAUAAUAACUUUGGAUUAUCAUGGAGAGCUGCAGAAAAUGAAUCAUUAUUCACCUACACAGGUGGCAGAACUUACGAGUCAUAUCAGAAUUUGAACUUCAUUCCUACAUUUGAUAUACCUGAUAAUAUUGAUCCCACAAUAACACACCUGUGUAAUUCAAAUUCAGACUGUAUAUAUGAUUAUUACGUGACUGGAAAUCCUAUAUUUGCCGAAAUGUCGGCAAACGCAUCUGAUGACUUUGCAAGAAUUUCUAAUUAUACUAUUCCAGUUGCUACAUGUGGAUUCCCAUCAAACGUAAGUGAUGCAGUUUGGGUAGCGGACGGCUACACAGAGGGAUCAUCAGCAAGAUUAUUAUGCAACCGAAACUUUUUCCAAGUAGACGUAGUGAUAACAUGCACGCCUUCUGGAAACUGGUCAGACUUCAAUGUUACUUGUAUGUCAUUACCAGAGUGUGGAAAACCUCAAUUGGUAGCAAAUGGAUAUUGGGUACCCGUAGAAGGAACUGAUGGACGAAAGGCUACUCUUCAAUGCAAAGAUGGUUAUUAUAUGCCAAUUGAAAAAGUCCGAAUAAUCUGUUCAUUAAAUGGCACGUGGACAUACGUUGAAGUAAAAUGCAAUAUAGUGACAACUUCUUCGUCAUCAACGGUAUCAACAUUAGAACACAUAACCUCUAACCGAAAUACAUUUAUUAGUCAAACAAACAAUACAGAACCUCAAACAAUAACUACAGAACAAGCUACAAUAAUUAAGGCUUCCACUGUAGAACAAUCUUCAACAACUAAUGCUACUAUUACAACUGAUGGCACAUCUUUCUCGAAUGACGGUUUAGUUACUUCUACAGCAGAAAAAGUAUCAACAAGCUACCAACAUGGAGAGAUAGAUUCGACAAGAAGUGUAUCAACCUCAAUCUAUAUAUCAACAAUAAAACAAGACAAACAAGAAUCGACAACUAUAUUUCAACGUAGAAGAUCAACGACUGAAACAACUGAAUCGUCGACUACGUCAUCUAUUAAAGAGCCAAAACCCGAAAUGACAUCCGAUGCAUCUAGACCAUUUGCACCAUAUAAGUACAACACGUUUACGAUUUUAACUUUGACAGCUUGUAUAGUUGUUAUCAUCAAAACUAUUAUGUAUUAUUAGUGUAAUGGAUUAACAAAUAUCGAUUUUUUUAUCGCAGCAAAUUCUUUGUUUUUAAGAUUGUCUUUUACUAUAUACAUAAUCUGUAAAAAAUCCUUCUGACUGUAUAUUAGUCUUAAAUGGUAAUAUUUAUUUUGGUUAUCCUACAGAAUAGAAAAAAAAGCCUUAUAUAAUUGGAAAAGCAGAUACCUAAUACAAUGGGACAAAGUCCAUACUUUACGAUGAAGCAUUAAUUUUACGAUUUCGAAAGAUAUCUUCAUAGGAACACUUCAACGCGUACAUUUCUUUAAAUUAAAGUAACUUCCUUGGUGGUUUCGUGCUUCUCUCGAGUGUGAGAGGUCUUGGGUUCAAUCCACGGCCGAGUCGAACCAAAAUUUUGAAAAUUGGUAGUUGCUGUCUCUCCGCUAGUUACGCAAGCAGCAUGUAGGAGUAAAAGCAAAGACUGGUUGGCUCGAAGUCAGAAUAAUGUGUCUGGGUAGAGUAGUAUAUCUUCUCUGUGGACUUUUACCCGAUGAACUAGUACGUUAAAAAUCAGGCUCAGCCUUUCGGCCUAGUACAAAGCAGGAUUUAUAUUGAUAUAACAUUAUCAUGUUCUCGUCUUGAAUAUGCAUCUAAUUUGCCAUUGGACGUUUAACACCCACCCAUCAUCAUCAUAUGGUAAAGUAACAGUAACGUCGUUUCAUUUACAUUUGGAAUCGACAUAAUAUAUAUUUUAUUGUACAAUUAAUUUACAGUAAAAAUAUCAAACGGA